GUGUAAAGCUGAUGUAAUUGUAUGUCGCUAUAAUAUACAGAGCUGUACAUAAUAUGUACAAUACUGAGCUGAUGUAAUUGUACGUCGCUACAAUAUACAGAGCUGUACAUAAUAUGUACAAUACUGAGCUGAUGUAAUUGUAUGUCGCUACAAUAUACAGAGCUGUACAUAAUAUAUACAAUACUGAGCUGAUGUAAUUGUAUGUCGCUACAAUAUACAGAGCUGUACAUAAUAUGUACAAUACUGAGCUCGCUUUCUGCUGCUCUGUUCACUUAUUGUGCCUCAUGAAGGACUUAGAGAAACUGUGAUAAUCGUCUAUCGAUACAAUUGUGCAUUUCUAUGUUGUGAUAAAGAGACCCAGAGACCUUGUCCUCCCUCAGUGAACAGCAGCCCAUACUUCUCUCUCUCUCUCACACACACCAACACACACACCACCACCACCACCACCAUACCAACACACACACAGUUUGGAGUUGAGAUGAAAGGCCAUCGAACAUUUGAGUCUUUCUUUGUACUUCGUGCUCAGUCACCUGACUCCUCUUUCACAGUCAUUGGCCAGGUUGAGGCGGAACAGGUAACUUCUCACUACUUCCUGGUUUUCUAGGACUUUGAACUCUUAUCGUUUCAUCUGUACAAUCUUAUUAUUUAACACAUCUUUCUUUAUGAAAUGUCCUUAUCAGAGAGAUAAAAACAAAAUAUCCUCAAUAAAGCCCUACUACUCCUGCUGUACACUGCCGUCUACCUCACCGAGGUGUAGAGAAACCCACCUGUACCUUAUCACCUGUGUGUUAUCACUCGUAUCUCUCAGUCCUUACAGCCUUCAUACGAGUUUGAUUAAAGUUCUGACCUUAUCACCCGGUCUCAAGAAACCCGGCUACCUGGACACAUCGGCAUCCAAAACUUGUUUUUCAAAGUGUUGUUUGUUGUAAUCACAUAUCUCCCCAGCGGCGCUGUUUCCACAGACAUUUUGUGGUCAUCCGCACUGGUAGACCAGGAAGAUUAUUUCAGUAUCUUCACAGAGGAAAGAAAUUUCUGGCCAUUGGCAUGAGUGAAGAAGUGGGCGAGGGGCGACAAGGACCGGAGAAGCCAGUGAGAGGGACUCGGACGCCCGGCUUUGAACGCGUGUCGGCCAGUGUCCUGAUGGCACAUCAUCGGCAUCGUCCUCUCCAUUUGCUUCUUUUCUUUUAACUCUUUUUGUCAUACAUCCUGCAGCGAAAGGCUCCACUUUCUGGACUACAAGUACUUACAACACCAGCAUGACAACCAUAGGAGAGUGCCCAGACCAAUAUUAUGGAGCUAACUGCUCUCAGACAUGUCACCACUGCUUUAACGGAAGCAGCUGUGACAAGGUUACUGGAGCCUGUCCCUCAGGCUGUGUGCCGGGCUGGAAAUACUUUCCAGCAAACUGUUCAGAAGAGUGCGACGCUGGUUACUAUGGAAAUAAUUGCAGCAGCACGUGCAGCGCUCACUGUAGAAAUGAAAACUGCAGCAAAGUGGAUGGCAGAUGUUCUCGGUGUCAUGACGGCUUCUACACACCUGCCUGUCAAGCGUGUGCAGACCGACAAUAUGGAACUAACUGCUCUCAGAUAUGUGUGCACUGCUUUAACGGAAGCAGCUGUGACAAGGUUACUGGAGCCUGUCCCUCAGGCUGUGAGGCGGGCUGGCAACACUUUCCAGCAAACUGUUCACAAGAAUGUCCUGAUUUCAGCUUUGGCUUCAACUGUUCGGGUGUGUGUGGUAACUGCACCAGUGGAAGCCCCUGUGACAAAGUCAGUGGGAUUUGCCGGGGUGGAUGUAUGCCGGGGUGGAUGUCGCCAAAAUUGUUCAACGGGAUGCCCCAAUGGCACGUUCGGCAUAAACUGCGUUCAAACGUGCGGCAGGUGUAGCGACCCUCCCUGUAACACGGUUGACGGGUCGUGUGGCGCCUGUGAGCCCGGCUACUCCUGGCCCAAGUGCAACACAAUCUGCAGCUCCACUUUCUACGGAGUCAACUGCUCCAAGCAGUGCGGGGAAUGUGAGGACGUGUGCAGAGCCACCAACGGCAGCUGUCAGAGGUGCAAGGACAACCGCGAGCUGCCCCUGUGUCAGGUGUGUGUCAGUGGAUGGUGGGACAUCACCUGUAGCAGCUCGUGUCCAAACUGUGGGGGAAGCGGGCGGUGCGACCGUGUGACAGGUGUGUGCAGUGACGAGGUUUGUCAGGAGGGCUGGAUGUCCCCGAGGUGUGACAAAAAGUGUCAGGCCGACACCUAUGGCGCCAACUGCUCCAAACAAUGCGGCCACUGCGCUGGACGCUCCUCGUGUCGCCAUGACAACGGGAUGUGCGAACUAGAUUGUGAGGAUGGCUACGAAGGCGUCUUGUGUCAAAAGAAAACAUUCGUCAUACCGGUAAUUACUGGAUCUGCGUUGGGUGCAGGAGGACUGAUAGCAGUUGCCAUAGUAAUAGCAGCAUGUUGCAUCAGAAGAAGAAACCGAGCGAACACACAGCAGCAUUCAGAUCUCAUUGUUCUCUCGCCCGCGGGUACAGCACUUGAGGAUCCAGUGGCCGGGACGACAACUGCAACACCUACGUCAACCACGACAGCUCGUCUGACGUCACCAACGAGUACGAGGCCGUUGUCAAGGACACGGGGUCACACACGUACAGCACAAGCGUCGACCGCAUGCGUGACCUGCCCGAGCCAGCCUACCAGAACUACAGCGACACCGGGAUGACCACCACACACAGCGCCAACAACUUCUCAGACGAACAUCUGUAUAGCAACACACACUGAUGACAUGUCAAGACUUACACAGUGACAAGAAUGUACAAAUACACUGGAUGACAUGGCGAGACUGUACACAGCGAGGUGAUGACAGCUGCUGGUCCACAUCUUGACCCUCUGCAGAACUGGACGAGGUGUGGAUGAUGCUAAGCUGUUUAUAUUAAAUACUCUGUACAAACAUCUAGAAAAUCUCACAGCUCAUUCCAGGUUCUCUUUGCUGAUUUUUCUUCUGGUUUUAACACCGUGCAACCUCACGUGGUGGUGGAAAGUCUAGUUUCAGACUUCUCUCUCUCUCUCACCAACUAACUUUCUGGAUCCUGGACUUUAAAAAGAAACAGGCAGCAGAGAGUUUCUGUUAACGGUCUUCUCUCAGAUCCUGUUGUCACCUGUACAGGUUCCCCUCAAGGUUGCUGCUUGCCUCAGUUACUUUUUCUUUCAUCUCUUGGUUUCACAGCCUCUCCCUAGGGAACAGGAACAGUCUUGUCUCCCUUGUUAACAUCUGUUCCAAGAUCACCGAACCAGGCAGAGGGACGGCAGCCCUUCAUCAUCAGCUAAUCAUCAGGAAGGCAUCACACAUCCUCUGUAUUUCUGAUCAUGUGUUGACAUGUGAGUUGUCACUCUUGUACAGUCUGGCUGUAGGUACUCGAUGUCUGUCUACAGAAGCAAUCGUCACGGCAACUCAUUCAUCCCACGUGCCAUUCACGUGAUAAACUCUACUGGCCGCCAUCUUGUACGAGGCUGAGUUGACCUGGGGUCACCCACUGUAUCUGCUGUUAGGUGUGUGUGUGGGAGGGGGAGAGAGAAUGUGUGUGUGUUUGUAAAAGAGACAUUGUUUCAACAUGUUCAUUUAUAUUAUCUUUUUAUAUCCUGCACAUGUAUAUAUUAUUGGUAGUACGAGCACUAUUUUGAAUUGCCCCUGGGGACCCAUAAAGUUGUAUCGUAUUGUACAAUGACAUUUGUAUAGUGAUGCACAUUGAUGACAUGGCAAAACUAUAGACAUUAACCUCUGUAUAGCAAUACACAGUAGUCACUGAGUAGUUAAGGUCUGAAUACUGUUGAAUGACUCUGUGAGAUGUAUCUGAUGAGUACUGACAGGUGUGUGCUCGUGUGACUGGAUGUGUGUAAUGUGUGAACUAUAUACCUACACAGUUAUCGUGUGAACUACUUCUAGUUUAUUGUGGUCUUCACUGUCAGCCUCACAAACAGUGCACUACUUCCUUCCAUGCAGAUGGAUAAAGUUUAGUCUUCCCUCAAUAUUUCAUUGAGAGGAGGUGCAAUAUAUUUUCAAAAUUGUUGCAGUUUGUUGCAGCAGUCCGGGUACAAGUAUUUAAUCAUAAAAAUGUAAGUUUGAUAGUGUCUCUCACACACACACACACCACAAAUCACAUACACACACCACAGUAAUUAGUCGUCUGCUACUGUUGUUCCUUUUCUUUGCUGAUACCGUUUUUCAUUAUAAACAUUAUAAACAUUUUCUGUUAAGCUGUCACAUGUUUGUAAAUAAAUCUCUCAGAACAAAA